AUGACCUACCACGACACGAUUGUCGCGGCCGUGCCGAGGAAGGUCUAUGCGAACGCGCAUGCGUACCAUAUCAACUCGAUCUCGAUCAACUCGGAUGGAGAGACCUACAUGAGUGCCGAUGAUCUGAGAGUUAACCUGUGGAACCUCAACAUUAGUGAUCAGAGCUUUAGUGAGUGCAAGGUCGCCUUGGGAAGGUCUGAACCGGAGCGAGUCGACCGCCCGAGUCGAACAUCGCUGGCUCGAUGAGCUGAUCCAUGGUGCGCUUUUUUGCAUUGACAGACAUCCUCGAUAUCAAACCCGUCAACAUGGAGGAGCUGACCGAGGUCAUCACCGCGGCCGAGUUUCACCCCAUCUCAUGCAACCUGUUUUGCUAUUCGAGUUCGAAAGGGACGGUCAAACUCGCCGACAUGCGGGAACAGGCCCUGUGUGAUAAGCAUGCGAAGCGUGAGUCGAGACUGUAAUACGUGGGAAGGGUAUGGAUGAAUUGAAGGUGGGGCUGACUCUGGUCAUCGAUCACGGUGUCGCCAGUGUACGAAGAGGAGGAGGAUCCGUCGAACAAGUCCUUCUUCAGCGAGAUCAUCUCGUCCGUCUCGGACGUCAAGUUCUCCAAAGACGGGCGUUACAUUCUCUCGCGUGACUAUCUGACGCUCCGGAUCUGGGACAUCAACAUGGAAUCGCGACCUGUACAAACGAUCAACGUGCAUGACCAUCUGAGGUCCAAGCUGUGCGAUUUGUACGAGAACGAUUGCAUCUUUGACAAGUUCGAAUGCACAUUCUCUGGUGAUGGGCAGUGAGUUGUUCAUGAUUCUGUGGUUGAUCAACGUGGAUCGGUGUACUGACCAGUUGAUUUUGCUCUGCGACCCUCGCGCCUCCACCCCUCUCCGCAUCAACAGACACGUCCUUUCCGGCUCUUACAACAACCAUUUCCACAUCUACGACAAGGAAGCGACGACCGACAUCGUCUUGCAGGCCGACAAGUCGGCGUUCAAGGCCAAGAAGAUUGGGGGCAACAAGGCCAAGCAAGGUGCGGGCGCCAAAGGCGCGCAGGGGGCCAACAAGAAGCCCAUCAUCGACGUCGAUUCGAUCGACUUUAAUAAGAAGAUUCUGCAUGGUCAGUACUUUAGCUGUGGGACGAGGAAAGUCUGGGACGAAUGAUGGAUGCUGAUGCUGAUUUUAUUGGGUGUGAUACAGCUUCUUGGCACCCACGGGAGAGCACGAUCGCGAUCGCCGCAACCAACAACUUGUUCCUGUCAGUACCGAUACUCACUACCAACGUCGUCUUUGUACCUACUGACUUCUGGUCUUGGUUUUGA